GGGACUUCAAGAACUGGCAGCAGAGGCCUUGGUCUGAGGCGGGGGUCCCUCAGGACACAGAGGUUCAGCCCGAAUCUGACACCAUGCCCCUGAGGAAUAGCAGCGAGCUUUGGAAGCAGGGAGAAGACCUAGAGGAGGCCGAGGGCCUGGGGAUGCCCAGCUGUCUGGGGCUGAGGAGGAGGAGGAAGGGGAGGAGGAGGCUCCACCUUCCCCCUCUACCCCAUCUCCCCCAUACCACCUAUCUCAUCUCUCUCUAUCCUCCUCCUCCUCCCCCUCCUCCUUCCCCUCCUCCUCCCCCUCCUCCUUGUCGUCUUGCCCUUCAUUGUCCUUCUCUGGCAUGGUCUUUGGCCCCCCAGAGGAGGGGUCUGCUACUCCCGCGGCCCUGAGUGCUCCCCAGAGCUCUCAGAGUGCCGACCGCUCCCCCAAUGGUGGGGCAGCUGGUGGCCUUGGCCAGCCCGAGCCUCCUGGCCCCAGCGGCCCAGGGGAGGCGGGAGAUGAGGAGCCCUUGGUGGAGGGCAGUUUCCGCAUGAAGACGGCUGCCCUGGUGGUAUUCCUGCUCCUCAAGUAUCGCAACAAGCAGCCCACCAGCAAGGCAGAGAUGCUGGAGGUCUUCACCCCAGAAUACCAGGACGACUUCCCCGCCAUCUUGAGCCAAGCGUCCAUCUGCUUGCGGCUGGUCUUUGGCCUAGACGUGAUUGAAGUGGAUCCCAGGGAGCACUCCUACGUCCUCAACCCCAUCCUGGGCCUCACCUGGGAUGGGAUGCUGAGCGAUCAGUGGGGUAUCCCCAAGACCAGCCUCCUGGGGCUGGUCCUGGGGUUGAUCCUCCUACAGGAUGGAUGUGUCCUCGAGGAGGAGGAAGGCUACCUGCAGUGCCGGCAGGUUGCGGACAGUGACCCUGCCCGCAACGAGUUCCUUGGGUGCCCAGGGCCUACGAAGAAACUAACAAGUUUCCACCGUAGCCACACGGGGAUCCCCUCUGCCUACCUGUGUUCCAGGGGUGCUGACCAGGCUGUGCCGCCGGCGGUGCAUGUCCUAGGGGCCGGAGACCUCAUUGCCGAGUGA